UUCGUACAUCUGUACAACGUGCAUAGCUUGUUGCAUUUCAUUAUUUCCAUUUUGUAAAAACUGAAUUUUUGAAUUCUUGCUGGAAAACUGAACCAUGGCGUGUGGAGGUGUGGAAGGAGGAGCGACACGUUCUGUGGCUGUGAUCUUGAAUAACGAUGGGACAGUGUUGGCGAAAGAGGAGGGCCUCGGAACCAAUCACUGGUUAAUUGGCAUAGAAGAAUGCUGCAAGCGCAUCAAUGAUAUGAUCACUGCAGCCAAGCGCAGUGCAGGCCUAGAUCUUGAUCAGCCAUUGCAGUCAGUGGGUCUAUCCUUGAGUGGUGCGGAGAAAGCUGAUGUAAAGGAGAAGAUAGCGUCUACACUAACAUCAACAUACCCCACACUUAGUGAUAGCUAUGACGUGUGUACUGACACUUUUGGAGCUUUGGCAUCUGCAUGUGAUGCUGCUGGCGUUGUACUGAUUGCUGGCACUGGAAGCAAUUGCUUACUUAUCAACCCAGAUUCUUCAACGCAUAACUGCGGUGGAUGGGGCCAUUCUAUUGGUGACGAAGGAUCUGCAUGGUGGAUUGCAAACCAAGCAGUAAGAAUUGUCUUCCAGCAUCAAGAUGGACUUACAGAAGCACCGGCUGACAUCACUUGGUUGAAGAACAAAGUCUACUCCUUCUUUGAGAUGGAGAAUGGUUUCGGUAUUCUCCCUCACCUGUACGAUGAUUUCAAGAAACCAAAGUUUGCUCAACUUUGCAAAAUCAUGGCAACAGAGGGUUCUGAUGAUCCUGUAGUUCAGCAUAUCUUCCAACAAGCUGGCUGGUAUCUUGGCAAACAUGUCCGUGCAGUUGCUCGCCAUGCGCAUCCAUCUUUGCUAUCUGCUGCUGGAGGGUUGAACAUUGUAUGUGUUGGAUCAGUGUUCAAAAGCUGGCCUUUGUUGAAAGCAGGAUUCUUGAAAGGACUGUAUCCCUCUGAAGACACGUCACCAGUUGUGUCAGAAUUCCGCCUGCUAUUCCUGACUGGCACGUCUGCGGUUGGUGCAGCACGUCUAGGUGUACUGCACGGGCCUACUAAGAAAGACUUGCCUCUCAAGCAUGAUGGCAGCGACGUCACUCUGCUAUAUGAACAUACACAGUGACAGUCAUAAGCAUUAUGUGUGUGUGUGUGUCCAUGUGUGUGUGUGUGUGUACAUGUAUGUGUGUCUGUGUCUGUCCGUGUGUGUGUGUGUGUGUGUGUACAUGUAUGUGUGUGUCCAAGUAUGUACGUGUGUGCACAUGUAUGCGCACAUGCUAUUGCCACAUGUGCCAAAUGAAAAGCAGCAUGGCAAAGGGAUAGCAAUUACAAGUACCGUAUCAUGUACAGUCAUGUAUGCUGUUGUUUUCAAUUGUUCGCUCACACACUGGGCAAUGAAUGCACUAUUAUUGCCAUGAUUCAUGCAAGCAGUCAUCGGUGUGACUGAGUGUGUGUGUGUGUGUGUGUGUGUGUGUGUGUGUGUGUGUGUGUGUGUGUGUGUGUGUGUGUGUGUGUGUGUGUGUGUGAGUGUGUGUGUGUGUGUGUGUGUGUGUGUGUGUGUGUGUGUGUGUGUGUGUGUAUACUGUGUGUUGGCUGCCCGCAUGUGUACUUACUUUUUUCCAUACUUCACCGUACACUAGUACACUAUACAGAUUAGUAGAGUGUGUACUUGGAAGUAGCAGUGCACAUUCUGUUGACAUGUAGUGUACUAGUGUAGACAACUUUGCGUGACUUUGCGCGUGCAAUACGCUUUGUAGGGUUUGCUUGUUAUUGCCGUUUUAUUUGUCUUAGACCUUAUCUAGUUUUAGUUGUUCAUUGUUCAUAUUCCAUGGCCAUGGCGUCUCUUUCUAGUUCUCUAUUAUAUCACAGAACUUCCUACUACUCCCUAUUGCUCUUCUUCCUAUUUUUGUGGACUGAUUAUACUAUUUCUGCAAUCACGAAAACUACCUUCAACAGGUCUCUUCACUGCAUUCGAGGAAAAAUAUAGAAACCAAUAUUUCAGCCAGUGGUCACCAUCAUGGAUGACUUUUACUAAUCGCAUUUUGUUGCCAUUUAGUAGGUACUUAUUUUGUUUGUUUCUUGGCAUUUUAUUAUUCCUAUUUUGAGAUUUUUAAAUCCAUUGUAUCAUUACUUUGCUGCUGGUCAAAGGAGUUGCAUAAUAAGUUUAAAACGUCA